GUAUCUUUCUCUUUUUGCUUUUCCGAAGCCAAAAAACGCAAGAGGAGCGAUAUCACAUGUGGAUUUAACAGCGAGGAAGACCCCACUCACCGCUGAAUCCAUCCAAGUUCAACAAAAACGAAUUUGUUUGCUCCAAGCAUAAAACCCCUCACGGUUUGGGCUGAUCGCGGCGGUCAACAAUAAUCAAACAAAGGCAAGAUGACCAGUCUCACUGCUAGGGAUAAGGACACAGUCAGAGCCUUCUGGGCUAAGGUCUCUGGAAAGGCGGAGGACAUCGGCACCCAAGCUGUGGCCAGGAUGCUGGUGGUGUACCCGCAGACCAAGACUUACUUCGCCCACUGGAAGGACCAGAGCCCCACCUCUCCCUCUGCGAAGAAGCACGGAAUAACCGUGAUGGGUGGAGUUGCAGAUGCUGUGACCAAAAUUGACGACCUAAAAGGAGGUCUUCUGAACCUCAGUGAGCUGCAUGCCUUCACUCUGCGUGUGGACCCUGCCAACUUCAAGAUUAUCUCCCACUGCAUCCUUGUGGUCAUGGCCAUCAUGUUCCCCGCCGAUUUCACCCCUGAGGUCCACAUGUCUCUGGACAAGUUCCUGGCUGCUCUGGCUCUGGCCCUGGCUGAGAAGUACCGAUAAACAGCAGGAGAAGAUGGCGGAGACUGCAGCAUGAGCUUACAUUGCAUAAUGAUUAAUAAAUGCAUUCAUGC